AUGGCUUGGCCAUACGGGUUCCCCAGCCUCACCCAUGAGGAGAAGCUGCUGCGGCGCCAAACACUCGACUUGUAUGCUUGCAUCGCUCAUUACUCGGCCCUCGCACCGGCUGUUCUUUUCCUAUUAUAUCGCCUCCUGAAACGUGUUGUAUCUCAUGUGAAAUCUGGGUCGUCGAGCGAGCAAACUCAUUACAGUGUUGUUCCGAACUCUCCUACUGUCAAGGCCCAACUGCAGCGCCCAUCAGCGAGCCAGAUUCUACAUUGCCGAGGCUUUUGCCAUCUUCAUCCUCGACCUGGCUGUGCGACGAAUCACCACUAUCAACGCCCCAUCAACAAUGGAAAACAUACCCGGAACAACUCUCGUCAAAGUCACGUCCUCAUCCCCGUGCACAAGCUGACUCCUUUCCGCGCCACCCCCGGCUCACACAUCUACCUGAGUGUCCCACCACAAGGUCGCUCCGCAGCUGUUCCAUCUUCCAAGUCUGCCAUCUUUGAUUACCUGUACAAUCCCUUCACUGUUGCUGCUGUUGACGCCGAAGAAGGCACCAUCAGCCUCAUCGCUCGCGUCAGAAACGGGCCCAUGACAAACGUCCUCUCCGCCUAUUCGUCCGCAACACCCCGACCACCCUCGGAACCUCGCAAGAUCACACUGGCUGUUGAAGGCCCUUACGGUACCAUGGCCACAAAGUACAACGACCUUUUGAAGUGGGGAGCCACCAAAGUUCUUCUCGUGUCCGGCGGAGUAGGCGCAACAUUCACCCUGCCAAUCUACCAAGCGCUCCAGAGCGAGCUGUCCUCCGCCAAGCUCCAAUUCAUAUGGGCCAUCCGUGGCGCUGGCGACGCCACAUGGGCCGUGUCAAACAAAACCACAGGGCAGGUUGUUCUUGAAGAUCCCAAUAUCCAGCUCUACUUGACAGGAGACUUGGGCCUAAGGGAACAAGACAACGGCGACUCUGCUGGAGGCUCUGUUGAGCUGUCCAGCAUGCGUAGGACGAAUGGACGGCUGACGGCCAAUCAUAAUAAAAAGAGACCCAAUAUCGAAAAGAUUGUAGAUGACAUGUUCCGAGGGAGCCCGGAUGAAUCAGUCGCAGUUUUAGUUUGUGGGCCGAUCGAAAUGAAUCGAGAGGUACAGCGAAGAGUGAGGCCCUGGGUGAUGAAGGGCCGAAGAGUUUGGUGGCAUAACGAAACAUUCGGCUGGUAA